AUGGUAGCUGAUGGCAAGUCCAAACCUGUGAUCUCCUUCGCUGGAACCUUCACCAGCAGUGCUUUCUCUGCAUGCUUUGCUGAGGUGUGCACUAUUCCCUUGGACACUGCCCAAGUUAGGCUUCAGCUUCAAAAACAAGCUUUGGGUGCCAAUGCACUCACGACGCCUAAUUAUAAGGGUAUGAUGGGAACUGUUGCAACCAUUGCUAGGGAAGAAGGUGAUGUGGCAAUUGCAGUGGCGAAUCCAACAGAUAUUGUUGAAGUUAGACAUCAAGCAGAAGGAAAAUUGCCUCCUGGUGUGCCAAGGCGUUACUCGGGAUCUUUAAAUGCAUAUUCUACAAUUGUGAAACAGGAAGGAAUCGCAGCCCUUUGGACUGGUCUUGGCCCCAAUAUAGCCAGAAAUGCUAUUAUCAAUGCUGCUGAAUUGGCCAGCAAUGAUCAAACUAUUUUGAAAUUGCCAGGCUUCUCUGACAAUGUUGUAACUCAUCUCCUUUCUGGUCUAGGGGGAGGGUGCUUUGCUGUUUGUAUUGGCUCUCCAGUUGAUGUGGUUAAGUCAAGAAUGAUGGGAGAUUCUAGUUACAAAAGCACCCUUGAUUGUUUCCUCAAGACAUUGAAGAACGAUAUAUGUUUCCUUUCUGAAGGACCUUUUGCCUUUUAUAAAGUCUUCAUCCCAAAUUUUGGACGGCUAGGAUCUUGGAACGUAAUCAUGUUUCUAACCUUAGAACAGAGUGGAGAAAUGCGUACCCUUGGAGUAGUUGUGGAACUUGGUCUUGAGGAUGCCGUGGACGAUGUCGGGGUUGGAGGUGAUGUUAUCAAAGACGUGGAAGUAGAUGCUUUUGAUGGGUGA